UUGACAAAGAACUUGAUUCUGUUUAAUCGCAUCGUGUUUCGGUUUGCAUAUUAUCUAGGCUUUUAAACCGUAUUUAUUUGUUCUUUUUACUUUUGCAAAGAUGAGAACGACCGACCCUUUGCAAUUCUCAGCAGCUGAUGUCCUUCAUAGUAGAGUCAGUUGCCGUAAUCCGGUUGUUAGAAAGAUACCGUUCCGGGAGAUGCUACCGAUGCAGCUUAAGGAUAAGGUGUCAGGAAAAAAAGAAAAUUCAAAGGGUGUCGCUUGUCUUCCAGAGAUGUUUACGCUGUUUACCUGUUUAAGCAAAACGGACUUCGACACUCUGAAGUGCCCCAAUGAAGUUAAGGCCUUUCAACUGUGCUACAAGAACCAUACUGCGAACGUUGCUGAGUACAAAGCUAAAGGCUCCCUCGGAAUUCUCGUUCCCGACCAGAAACUGAAUGACAUGACCUCACAACAAAUCAACACCCUCCUGAAAAAGUACCCGAUAGGGCAGUUCAUGAAGAAGAUUCGCUGGUAGUCGAAGCAGAUAGAAGAGACGGUCUCUUUCGGUUGCUAACCAUAGAACAUUUAAAUGAACUAAUUUAAACAGUCAUCUAAUUUUGCUGUAAUACACGUGUAGUAAGAAAUCGCAUUGAAAAACAGAAUAAACGCUUAUA